AUGUUACCCGCUGCCGGCGCCGACGGCCGUGGCUCCUAUCGCUCCCAGCGCCCCGUCUCAGACAAGGAGGAAGUCGCAAGGGCCGCUCUUCGUUCUCUAGCCGACCCCUCGACAGCACCACCAGCACCUCUUCCUCCUCCGAGCAACGACGCCGAUGUCGCACCGCCCACCUUCCCGGCAACGCGCCUUCCACCUCCGCUACCGUCCCAGUCCGCUACAACACAACAACAAGCUUCUUCUUCCGCAACCUCGUCUACACUCGCACAAUCCGCUCCCGCAUUCCGUUCGUCUCACGAUGACUACCGCCGUCCACGUCGCUCCCAAUAUUCGGACCACGCCAUGCCUCUUCCUUCCGCAUCGCACCACAUGCUGCGACACGUCAGCCUAGGAGACGAACUCUUCCAACGCAAUCCCAGCUCUUCCUCCUCUCCCUCAUCCUUCUUCAACGACCAACAAAUAUCCGCUUCUCCCGACUCUUCCCCGCGCCUCGAAGCUGCGCCAGUUCAAAUGCCCAGGCACACCCAUCUCCGACACAGCAUCCCUGCCUCUACACAAUCCUCGGCCUCGGCCCAUCUACACGAAGUCGCCCUUCGUCGCGCUUCCAUCGCCAUGGGCGUCGACAUCGAACAAGUCAGACACAUUGUCCAUCACGCCAUGGACGCCCCCCACCCACGCGAGCCCCUCUUUGUCCGCCAGGUCUUGGACGCUUAUCGACUCGAGUCCGAUCGCGCAUCCCAUCCGCACCCCGUGCGCGAAUCGUGGCAAGCCGAUCCACUUCGUUCCAACGCCCGCACUCACGCCGCCUACGCUUCCAGAUACGCAGACCCCGGCCCAGCCUCCCUUUCCGCCUACCCCGCCUAUCACGACGUCGCUCGCGCCGAUCCUGCAGCGUCCGGCUCGGCAACCGCUUCCAUGAUGCCCAUCUCCGAACACCGUCCCGAAUCACCUUCGCCCUUUGCCUACGACGCACAUCCAACAUCAUCGCAACCUUCUUCAGACAUGGCCGGUCCAGCUGCAAGCUACCCGCUCCAUCCACCCAGCCAUGCGCAUCUCGACGACGCAUCUCGCCAACAACGCGCCUUGGAAGAUGAGCGCAUCACCUCCCAUCGCUCGCGCUACCCGGCGUACCCUCAUCACCCGCCUCCUCUGCCCCAAACUCGCGCUCCCGAUCGCAGAGUUAGGUCCAUCGACGACUACCUAGAUGCGCCUCCCCAGCUCUACCCGCGCCGUCACCAACGCCGCGGAUCCAUGGCAGACUACACCGGCCGCACCGCCGUGCUCAGCUCCGAAUACGACGACGAACGCUACCGAGAUAGGCUCGCCCGCUCCACCGUCCGCCACUCCUUCCAUCCGUACGCCUCGCCCUCCAGCCGCUACCUUGGCGCUUCCGCAGACGCAAUCGGCAUCUCGCCCCAGCUUUCUCCCACCACGGCCGAUGCGCCGCGCCCGUAUCCGAUUCAUGACUACCGCUCGCCGCUUCUGCGUUCGCCUGCCGCCGAAACUUCCACUUCGGCCGCCGGAUCGGUCUCAGCUCUCACGCCGUCUCCCCUGCUUGGCGUUCCCGCCGGCAGCCUCGACAACCAUGCCGAUGCACCCACCUCGCUCCGCAGCGCCUCGGAAGAUACCGCGGCCGAAUCCACGCGAGCCGGCGUGGCCCGUCUGCAGAUCGAUGAUUCGGCCUCCAAGCCGCUUCUCCAGUCGUUCUCGGCACGCACAUCGCGCUCUUCGCUCGCAUCUCACUCGUCCGCAGAGCGCACCGUGCCCGGCACCGAUCUGUCACACUCGCAGAUCAUGCAGAAGCUCCAGAACAAGGUCAAGGGCAGGCUCGCCGCAAAGAAGAAGGCCGCCGCUGAGAGCGCCACCGCGCUCAGGUCCGGUGUUCACAAGGCUGCAAAGCCGAAGCGCGACGCCAAGCCCACCAGUGCCAAGCAAGACGCCUCUGCCUCUGCAGCAGACACGGUCAAGGCAGAAGCUUCAAAGAGCGGCAAGGUGUCCCGGGCCGGAUCAACCAAGCGCACCGCGUCGAGCAUCAGCACGUCCGACCGCGCCUCGUCCCCGCAGCUCAGCCGCCGCAGCGUCGAGAGCAGCAGCGCUGCCACCGCCGACACCUCGGCCACGCCCAGUGGCAAUCGCAUGCCCGCGCCCAAGGUGCGUCGCACCUCGGCCUCGAGCCAGCAAAAGCCAUCGACACCGCAGCCGCCUCGCCAGCCGAUCGCAGCGCAGUUGUCGCCGCGGCCGUCUUCCAACAAGCCCGAAUGGCUCCCGGACAAGGACCAGGACAAGACGCCGCCGGCUUCGAUCGAAGAGGCGCUGCAGGCGCUCGACUCCAAGGCGGCGUCCAAGUCGCCCGCGCCCAAGUCUCCGGCGGCCAAGUCUCCGGCGCCCACCUCGGCUUCGCCACCGGGCAAAAACCUGUCGCCUCCCACCUCGAUUUCGGCCGCGCUGCUCUCGCCUACCGAUUCACCCACGCCCACCGAGGCGGCAGCCAUGCAUGCGCGGCGCAUGUCCAGAUCGCCCCUGCCUCCCGGUGCGGAGGGCGCAGCGACCGUCGAGACGUCGUCUGGUCAAGCGCUGCCUGGCGAGCUGCCCGGUGCGGGUCAGAUGAACGCCUCCUCGGCCACCAAGCAGCAGACCUCCAAGGCGGGCAUCGAUUCGCUCAUCCAGUCCGCCCAGGCCAACGAUCCCACCGAAACCAACUCGGCCAUUGCGUAG